CUGUGUCUCAUCUCUUGAUUUAUAAAACUCUUAGUAUGGACACAGAGAGAAGGACAAGAAGACAAUCUGCAUGUCUCAUGUAUGUCCCUCCUCCUGUGUUCUCUACUCCAGGUGAAGAAGCUUCAGGCCAUUCUGAAGCCCAUGAUGCUGAGAAGACUGAAGGACGACGUAGAGAAGAACCUGGCCCCUAAAGAGGAGACCAUCAUCGAGGUGGAGCUGACCAACAUCCAGAAGAAGUACUACCGAGCCAUCUUAGAGAAGAACUUCUCCUUCCUGUCCAGAGGAGCCAACCAGCACAACAUGCCCAACCUCAUCAACACCAUGAUGGAGCUCCGCAAGUGCUGCAACCACCCGUACCUCAUCACAGGAGCCGAGGAGAAGAUCCUGGAGAGCUUCAGGAAGUACCACAGCCCUGACGCGCUGGACUUCCAGCUGCAGGCCAUGAUCCAGGCGGCCGGUAAGCUGGUGCUGAUCGACAAGCUGCUGCCCAAGCUGCUGUCGGGGGGUCACAAAGUGCUGGUGUUUUCCCAGAUGGUCCGGUGUCUGGACAUUAUGGAGGACUACCUCAUACAGAGACGAUACACGUACGAACGCAUCGACGGCCGCGUGAGAGGAAACAUGCGACAGGCCGCCAUCGACAGAUUCUGCAAGCCGGACUCGGACCGCUUCGUCUUCCUGCUGUGCACCCGAGCCGGAGGGCUGGGAAUCAAUCUCACGGCCGCAGACACCUGCAUCAUCUUUGACUCGGACUGGAACCCUCAGAACGACCUGCAG